AUGCCGUUGAUGCAGUCAUCUUCAGAAGGUCUUCUUAGCAGCCUCUUUGAGCGCGCACAGGACGCUAUCUAUGCGCUCUCGUCGUGUCUACCAUGCACACCCCAAACCUCGCUCCUCAAACUGAACGGUCGCAACUUCCAGAUCGUCAAGCUUCUCGGAGAAGGUGGCUUCAGCUUCGUCUACCUGGUCAAAGAUCAAGAUUCGGGCCGACUGUUUGCGCUCAAGAAGAUCCGAUGCUCCUCCUAUGGCGCUGACUCUUUCCAGGAAGCUAUGAAGGAGAUCGAGGCCACCAAACGUUUCCGGUCGCCGCACAUUAUUCCCAUCUAUGACAGCUGCGUGGUUCAGGACGAUGCAGGCUCGGGGACGCUGUUCGGCAACCUUCCUUCGAACGAUCCUGACGGUGCCGGAGGUAGGGGUGGAGACGGAGGCAAAGUGAUCUAUCUGUUCCUGCCAUUCUACGAAAAGGGGAAUUUGCAGGAUGCAAUCAAUGCACAUGUCAUUCGUGGAACUCGAUUCGGCGAACGCGAAAUGCUGCAGCUCUUCUUGGGAACGUGCAAGGCGGUACGAGAAAUGCACCACUAUCGGCUGCCGAAUGUCGGCGCGACGAGGCGUGGGGCGGAGACAUGUUCGAUGCCGCGUAUGGAGGUGACACCUCCACAAGAUCCGUUUGCAGACUCGCAGGUGGAAGCACCUCUCUUUUCGGAUCAACCCGAGGGGCAUGAUGACGACCAUGGUGCUUCUUAUCCACCAAAACCGAACAAGGGCAAAGGACGUGAUUUGGGGUUGGUUGGAGACAUGGAUCAGCAACCUGCAUUGGAUCGGGGUGUCGAGCAAGGAGGUGCCGGUGAACUGCUGCCGUAUGCGCAUCGUGAUAUCAAGCCGGGCAACGUCAUGGUCGCCGACGACGGAAAGACACCUAUCCUCAUGGACUUCGGUAGCACGAUCAAGGCUCGAGUGCACAUCAAAACGCGCAAAGACGCCGUCGCGCACCAAGACAUGGCGGCAGAACGAUCUUCGAUGCCCUACCGUGCGCCAGAGCUGUUUGACGUCCCAACAGACACGACGCUGACCGAGAGCGUAGACAUUUGGUCGUUAGGUUGCAUGCUGUAUGCGCUGGCGUACCUGCAUUCGCCAUUCGAGACAACACAAACGAUCGAACAGGGUGGAUCAAUCGCUUUGGCCGUCUUGAAUGGAUCGUACAAGACCCCGCCGAGCUCUGAAGAUCCGUACUCGGAAAAGACGCGCGAGAUCAUCAAGAGGUGUAUUCAGGUCAAACCGGAAGAGCGUCCCGACAUCGAGACUGUAAUCGAGCUGACGCAUGCCGCUUUGCGUGUCUUGGAGUAA